CUUAGUCAAUAACACAAAAAAAUUAAAAAAAAUAAAAUGGAGGUGUCUAAUAAGAAAAUAACAUCUCCAUUAUUUACCUUCUUGUUUAUUUCAGCUAUCUUUAUUCAAUGUUUUACUUUUGUUUCCUCCAUAGGUGUUAACUAUGGCACCCUUGGCAACAACCUACCCCCACCAUCCCAAGUUGCUCAAUUCCUCAAAGACAAAACCUUAAUCGACAAAAUCAAAAUUUUCGAUGUGAAUCCAGACAUCCUACGUGCCUUUGCCAAUACAGGAAUCUCAGUUACUGUCACUGUCCCAAAUGGCGAAAUUCCCAAAUUAUUGGACAUUGGUUACGCUAAGAGUUACGUGGAAGCAAAUAUCAAGCCAUUUUAUCCACAAACCAAAAUUGAUGUUAUUGCUAUAGGAAAUGAAAUUCUUCAUUGGGAAACACCAGAAGUUCAAAAUAAAUUAGUCCCAGCAAUGAGGACAUUUUAUCAAGCACUAACUCAAUCUGGUAUUAACACAAUUAAAGUGUCAACACCACAUUCUUUAGGAAUUUUACUAAGCUCAAAUCCACCAAGUAUGGCUAGAUUUAGACCAGGUUGGGAUGUUGGUAUUUUACAACCAAUGUUACAAUUUUUACGUGAAACAAAAGGACCUUUUAUGGUGAACCCAUAUCCAUAUUUUGGUUACAACCCACAGCAAGUUGAUUUCCUUUUGUUCAGACAAAAUCCAGGUGUUUUUGACAAGUUUAGUAAGAGAAUGUACACAAACAUGUUUGACAUGUUGUUGGAUGCUGUAUAUAUGUCAAUGAAGAGACUUGGUUAUGAUGACGUAGAAAUAAUUGCUGCUGAAACAGGGUGGCCUUCAUUAGGGGAAAGUUUUGAACCACAAUGUACUGUAGAAAAUGCAGCUUCAUAUAAUGGUGGAUUAUUAAGGAAAUAUGUUACUGGGGCAGGAACACCAUUGAUGCCACAUAGGAAAAUUGAGACAUAUAUUUUUGAUUUGUUUAAUGAGAAUAGUAAAACAGGUUCUAAUGCUGAGAGAAAUUUUGGAUUAUUUAGGCCUGAUUUUACUCCAGUUUAUAAUAUUGGAAUCAUGAAAGGACAACCAUUGCUGCCAAUGCCAGUGCAACCAAAGCCUCUUCCACAGCCAGCAUUGCCACAACCACAACAACCAAGAGCCCCGAGAAACCGCGCAAAGCCAGGCCCAAUGCUACCAACCCAACCAGGCCCAAAACUUCCAGCCCAACCCCUUCCAAAGCCUGCAGCACCAAUGGGCAAGAAAUUUUGCAUGCCAAAACCACAGGCAACAGAUGCACAAUUGCAAGCCAGUUUAGAUUGGGCUUGUACUAAUCAAGGUGUGGAUUGUGGCCCAGUUCAAGCUGGAGGCCCAUGUUUUAACCCAAACACUGUUAGGUCUCAUGCAGCCUUUGUUAUGAAUUCUUACUAUCAAAUUAAGGGCAGAAAUGACAUCAACUGUGAUUUUUCUGGCUCUGCUGUCAUUGUCUUUGCUGAUCCAAGUUAUGGUACGUGCAAGUACCUAUCUUGAGUUUUAUGGCCAAGAAUGGAAGAUUUUGCAGCUACUCCAACAUUUGAAGGAUUAGUUUUGACAUCAAAAUUUUGUUUUUUAAAUAUGUACUUUGAUUUGACAAACUAAUCUAAUUAUGUUGAUGUGUAGUAUGUAUUUAUGGUUUGUACAUGAAAAAUGCAACUUACUCA